UUGGGACGAGUUGCCUUCUGAGGAUAAGUCUGAACUGAUCCCUGAUGAGCUACAGUGUCCCAUCUGCAGCAAGAUGAUGACUGACGCUGUCAUCAUACACUGCUGUGGAAACAGCUACUGUGAUGAGUUUAUCAGGGACUUCUUGUUGAAAAGAGAGGAGCACAUCUGUUACACCUGCCAAGAGUCUGGCAUGUCAGACAGCCAACAAGGCUCUUCGCCAGGCCGUGGAUAAUUUUAAGAAUGGGACCUGUCACAAACAAUACGAGCAUGAGCAGCAGCAGCAGCCCUGCCACGCCUGCAAAUAGUUAAGACUUGGGUCUCCAGGCAGCAGGACCCGCUAGUGGGCAAUAUGUCUCACCUUUCUCCUGCUAGCUUCGUACCUGCCACCACUGUCCCUCCUCCAGCACCAGGACUGUCCACUCAGCCCGCUGGUGCUUCUCCUGGUGAUGCACAAGAGCUUGCAGUAGCACCUACAGCUGCACCUGCAACCUCACUUGCACCUACACCUGCAGACAGAGCUCAAGGAGUGCACGUUCCUCCUUUCCUCCAGACAGCUGUGCCUCCAGCGAUCUACCCAGCACCCAUCGUGCAUCCACCUCCUUCACUGCGCAACCCUCCUCCCUUCUCCUCUGGCCCUGGCCUCAUCCCUCCACCAGAAGUGCACCAGCCCCAGCCUGUUUAUGCCUGUGGACCCACAGGUUUCUACCCACCCUGGGAUCCUCCUGGUACCCAGCCCCCUCUUGGCUCCAUGCCAACGUCACACUGCCAGCCCCCCCUCUCCAAGGAAACUUACUACAGGCAGCAGCACUACCAUCAGGACGAGUCUAACGGGUAUCAGCACCCGGGCUCAACACGAUUCCAGGUGUGGCUCUCCUGGUGCAUACUGGAGCCGCAGCCCUGAUGGCCGAAAGACACCUCCCCCUGAGUUGGCACCCAACCAACUGAAGGGUCAUGGAGGCCGUGGCAGCAGGGAUAUGGUCACAGAUGGGCUUUCCUCCUCAUUGCCCAGAGCUGACUCUCCCCAGGGGACGGGAAGAAGAGGAAGAGAAGAGAG